GCCGAGCGAAGCAGACGGAUCACACAGCAGCCAAAGCUGAUAAAUUGGCUCAGGGAAUAAAUAUCUAUAAACCGCGCGGCUGUGUCUUUACAGGAAUACCACUCGAUCGCGGACGCAUGUGAGCGCGCACAUGCCGAUCUGGGACUGUACACCAUGGUUCUGACACAAGUGCGUCUGCCUCUGCUCCUCUGACCACAGAGAAAGUGUUUGGAUCUCCUCGAGAAGGCUGAUACCUCGUUUCUUUUCGUUUCUUUUUUUUCCAUUGACUCUCAUUAUUCUGAAUACUGCUGGAAAUAUUCUCCGGAUGGUGACCGCGGACUGGACUACCUGUUUUCAGCUGAAUCGCUCCAUGCGAGGGGAAGGGACUGGAAGACUUGUGCCCGCUGCCUUCGCGCUGGUUUAAAAAAGGCACGUUGGAGCUCGGUGAAAAGGAGAAGGGCUGCUGUUUUCACACAUUUUAAACCAAGGGUGUUGUUUCCUCCCAACGCUCACCUCUACGUGUUUUGGUGAAUGGGGGUGACUCUGUUCCUGGAGGCUUGACACAGCUGGGACUGGGACUGGGACAGGGACUGGGACGGGACUGGGUGCGUGGAGCGUCGGAUCACCCAGGAUUGUAUUCCUUCCUCUCUCUCUCUCGUGGGUCUAUUUACAUGUCCGACCUGACUGCUUUAUGACAAUGGAUUACUUUCUGCUUUUAUGCAGCCUCUUGCUGCCUGUGGUGUCCGCCGUUGAAGAGACGCUGAUGGACACGAAGUGGGCCACGACAGAAUUAGCCUGGACUGCACACCCUGAGACCGGGUGGGAAGAGGUGAGUGGCUACGAUGACGCCAUGAACCCCAUCCGAACGUACCAAGUCUGUAAUGUACGUGAGCUCAACCAGAACAACUGGCUACGCAGUGACUUCAUCCCACGAAAGGAUGUGCUGCGUGUAUACGUGGAAAUGAAAUUCACAGUGCGUGAUUGCAACAGCAUUCCUAACAUCCCAGGUUCCUGCAAAGAGACCUUCAACCUCUUCUACUAUGAGUCUGACUCAGACUCGGCCACAGCCACCAGCCCCUUCUGGAUGGAGAACCCUUACGUGAAGGUGGACACGAUUGCCCCAGAUGAGAGCUUUUCCAUGCUCGAAUCUGGACGUGUAAACACAAAAGUCCGAAGUUUCGGGCCACUGUCCAAAGCUGGGUUCUACUUGGCAUUCCAGGACCUUGGUGCUUGCAUGUCACUUAUCUCAGUUAGGGUCUUUUACAAGAAGUGCUCCACCACCAUCGCCAACUUUGCCGUUUUCCCAGAGACAGCAACUGGAGCUGAGGCAACGUCCUUGGUCAUUGCGCCGGGAACUUGCGUCCCCAACGCCCUGGAGGUGUCCGUGCCGCUGAAGCUUUACUGCAACGGAGAUGGCGAGUGGAUGGUUCCUGUCGGAGCCUGCACCUGCUCGGCCGGUUUUGAACCAGCCAUGAAGGAUACCCAAUGUCAAGCUUGCAGUCCUGGCACCUUCAAGUCCAAACAGGGAGAAGGCCUCUGCCAGCCCUGUCCAGCCAACAGCCGUGCCAGCUCAGGAGCGUCCAGCAUUUGCUCCUGUCGAAACGGCUACUACCGCUCAGACACCGAUUCCCCCGACUCCCCGUGCACCACUGUUCCAUCUGCACCGCGCAGUGUCAUCUCAAGUGUGAAUGAAACCUCGCUCGUGCUGGAAUGGAGUGACCCACGUGACCUGGGCGGCCGCGCCGACAUCUUCUACAAUGUCAUCUGUAAGAAGUGCCUGCCCGAGCGGGGAAUGUGCUCGCGCUGUGACGACAACGUCGACAUCUCGCCACGCCACCUCGGCCUCACCCAGCGCCGCGUGGCCGUCCGCAACCUCCAAGCCCACACACAGUACAGCUUCGAGAUCCAGGCGGUCAAUGGUGUUUCCAACAAGAGCCCCUACACACCUCAGUUCUCUACUGUGAAUAUCACCACAAAUCAGGCCGCUCCAUCUGCAGUGCCCACAGUUCACCUGAUGGCGGCCACAGCGAGCACCAUGAGCCUGUCCUGGCUGCCUCCAGAGAAACCCAACGGAAUCAUUCUGGAUUAUGAGAUUAAGUACCAUGAGAAGGUAAGCGGCAAUGAUCAGGGUGAGGCCAUCGCCCACACCAUGACUGCCCAACGGAGCAACGCCCGCAUUGAAGGUCUCAAGGCUGGUACGCCUUAUGUGGUACAGGUCCGCGCCCGCACAGUGGCAGGCUACGGUCGUUACAGCAGCCCAGCUGACUUCAGCACCAACCUGCAAACUGACCCUCCGAAGUCAUGGCAGGAGCAGCUGCCACUCAUCGUGGGAUCAGCCACGGCCACCUUGGUCUUCAUCAUUGCGGUGGUGGUCAUCGCUAUUGUCUGCCUCAGAAAGCAGAGAAACGGUUCAGAGUCGGAGUACACGGAGAAACUGCAGCAGUACAAAUCCCCAAUAGUAACGCCGGGAAUGAAGGUCUACAUUGACCCCUUCACGUACGAGGACCCCAAUGAGGCGGUGCGCGAGUUUGCCAAGGAGAUCGACGUCUCCUGCGUGAAGAUCGAGGAGGUCAUCGGCGCAGGUAACCCACCAAAGCUCCUGAGCUACAGGGGGAAGACUGCUAGUCACCUCCAGGCCAUACCGUUAGAGGACUUCACACCAAGCGGAGAGUUUGGGGAGGUGUGUCGCGGUCGUCUCAAGCUGCCUGGGCGCCGGGAGAUCAUCGUAGCCAUUAAGACUCUCAAAGUGGGCUACACUGACCGCCAGAGGCGAGACUUCCUGUCUGAGGCUUCCAUCAUGGGCCAGUUCGACCACCCCAACAUUAUCCGUCUGGAAGGUGUGGUCACCAAGAGUCGGCCGGUGAUGAUUGUGACAGAGUUCAUGGAGAAUGGAGCGCUGGACUCUUUCUUAAGGCUCAACGACGGGCAGUUCACAGUGAUCCAGCUGGUUGGCAUGCUGCGCGGUAUCGCAGCAGGCAUGAAGUACCUGUCAGACAUGAACUACGUGCAUAGAGACCUGGCUGCCCGUAAUAUCUUGGUCAACAGUAAUCUGGUGUGUAAGGUGUCUGACUUCGGUCUAUCACGUUUCCUGGAGGACGACCCUACAGACCCCACCUAUACCAGCUCCCUGGGAGGGAAGAUCCCCAUUCGCUGGACGGCUCCCGAGGCGAUCGCCUACAGGAAGUUCACCUCGGCCAGCGAUGUGUGGAGCUAUGGCAUCGUCAUGUGGGAAGUGAUGUCGUAUGGCGAGCGGCCGUAUUGGGACAUGAGCAAUCAAGAUGUGAUAAACGCCGUGGAGCAGGACUAUCGACUGCCCCCACCCAUGGACUGCCCCACAGCACUGCACCAGCUCAUGCUGGACUGCUGGGUGAAAGAGAGGAACCUGCGACCCAAAUUCACCCAGAUUGUGGCCACGCUGGAUAAGCUUAUCCGCAAUGCUGCCAGCCUCAAGGUGGUCACCAACAGCACACAGUCCACUGGGGUAUCCCAGCCCUUGCUUGAUCGCUGUGUGCCAGACUAUACCACUUUCACUACUGUGGGGGACUGGCUGGACGCCAUCAAGAUGAGCCGCUACCGUGACAACUUCGUCAACGCCGGAUUUGCUUCCUUUGACCUGGUGGCCCAGAUGACAGCAGAGGACUUGCUGCGGAUAGGGGUAACGUUGGCUGGCCAUCAGAAGAAGAUUCUUGGUAGCAUUCAGGACAUGAGACUACAGAUGAACCAAACACUUCCUGUCCAGGUGUGAGCGACAGGACACACAGACCGAUGCAGUCGAAGGACAGCCAGACAGGAAAACGGGGGAGGAAUCUGUGCCAGAGAGAGCCAUUGGAAAACCCUAGCUGCCUGACCCAUCUCUGCCAAUUAGACGCUAUGAAACUGGCUUGCAGUGCCUCUGACUAUUUUUUUUUUCCCCUUUAUUUCACUACCACUUCCAUUUCCUGUUCCUGCUUUUUUGUUAUUUGUCAUUGUUUCUUUUCCCAUCCAAUCAGAAUUAGUGUGUUUUUGAAAGAGGAAGCAGAGUUAUCCCAUGCGUGCCUCACCAGCUCCGGUGAGGGUUGACGUUUGCAUGCACGUGUGUUUUAGUGAGGUUGGCCUUAGCCCUGUAACUGAAACGUCACACGCCGAUCCUCACGCAAGAGUCCCUCCCCUUGACCUCUCAACCCAGCUUCGAUGGACGUAAUACAUAGUAAAGAACGAACUCCCUGGUAUAAAAAAAAAAAGGUGAACAAACGUUCACAUGUAAAAAGAAAAAACUAAACAAAAAGAAAAAAAGAGGACCCACAGGAGAUAGAGGACAGUUCUUUCCCUGAUAGAAGUUGUUUUUACUGUGCACGUGUGUGUCGUUCUCCAUCUUCAUAUUGAAGGUGUGUUAUCUAAAAGGGCACUUGCUGGAGAAGGGUGAGGUGAUGGAAGAGGAAUAAUGAGGUUUAAGGUCAAGAGGAUGACAGAGGUCAAAAAGGUCAAAAGAGGGCAGCAGCAUUUUUGGACACUUGUUUUGGCUGCUGAGCCCUCGCCAGUUCACCAGAUGACCUCUCCGCCCUGACCUGCAGUGACUCAGGAUAGUUCCACAGCUCGGGAUCACCUGCUCAUCAACUGUGUUUUUACACAUAAAAAAAUGUUUUAUUUUUGUUUGUCCACACACCAUUUUUUUUUUUUUUUUUGGUCUUUUCUUGGCUUUCUUACACAUUUUUGGGAGAUUUGUGGUUUCAAAACGGCCGGUCAAACCUAAGUACCCCCCCGCUGGACGCUUUGCGAGAUUAAGGGGAGACGAGGACUGUGGCAACACGAUAGAAAGACCACUUGGCCUUGUGUGUGCGUUUUUGUAUGUGUGCGUGCGUGUAUGUGUGAUUACGUGUGCUUGGAUGUGCGGGUGUGUCAAGUUGCACACGAGUAUACUGUACAAUACAGCUUCCGCUAUCUGCCACCGUGGAGAAUUAACGCAUGAACUGAACCGUGACAAGGAGCAAAUAUAUCUGAAACAAUUACGCUAUAUUCUGUGGACAACUGUUAAACAUUCUUUUUUAUUGAAUCCAAAAAAAUGAACUUAGGACAUACAUAUAUAUAUAAAAUUAUAUAUAUGCAUCAUGCAGAAACUGAGAGAAACCAUGACGGACACCUUCCUUUCUACUUACUAUUACCUGGAUUUAGAAAUAAUCAAAAUUCUUGUUUUAAUUUCUUGACAUCCUGCCCUAUGUAUUUAUUUGUACCCUGCCCCCCCCCCCCCACACCAACACCCAGAUGGACUUCUGGGACCGUGGACUCGGAACAAUCAGAAGGAAGAGAAACUCCAAGAGGAUUCACCUAAUGAAUUGAUUAUUAUUAAAAGAAAUUGCAUAGAAAUUGGAUAUUGUAUUUUUGUUGUUGUUCUAAACAGCCUGUACAUGUUUUGUAACAAAAAUACGAUAAAUAACAAGAAAAAUGGUGUUUUGACAAAAUGGAAGUGCUGUUGUGAAAUGUUUGAUUCAGAGUGAAAUUAACAGAAAGCAAAGCGAGAGCGAGAGAUGAAGGGGGGAGAAGUCAGGAGGUAGAGAGGAGGAGAUGAACACCACCCAAUGGUUAGGCCACUGGUAAUAACAUGUCGCCCUUUUGCUCUCCGUCCAUUGUUGUGUGAGUGUCUCUGUAGGUGUGUUCAAGUUUGUGUGUGCCGCCUGACCUGGAUAUUAAGCUUCCCCAAUCAAUUCUCAUUCUCAGCAUAAAGAGCAUUUGUGAAGCACUGAGCUGUUACUAAUCGUCUUCCAGGCGCAUCGUUUUCAACUCAAAACCUCCUGAAAACCAAAACCUAUUGAUUUUACUUAUUUACCAUCACCUCCAACACUAGGAUCCACCCAGCUCAUCUCAUGUGGGGCUGUUAAGGAAUCAUUAGGAGGAAGGUCCAGCGAUGACGCGGCCUACCUGCCAAUCAUUUCAAUCGCCCCGGAGGCGGAGCUCCAUCACUCGACCUGCAGUUCGCAACAGGGCCCUCGCCAGAGAAUCCAGAGCUGUCAGGACAGAAACCUAUUGGUCUUUGUCUGUCACGUCUAUUAAUUCAGAAGCCAAUCUGGCAUCGCUAGGAUACGAGCGUGCAGCGAGGGCAGACAUACGGCGGGCUGACCUAUCAUUAUCUCUCUUCAUUUCCUGUAUGGCCUGCAAUCAUCCUGUCUCAGGCACAGGCUGCGUGAUUAGUACAGUGCAGGAUCAACAGCCCUGGCAUGCAGACAGCCAAAAUCUGCAGCCCCCCACCCCCCAUUCUAAAUGAUAGCAGCUGCAUCAUGGAGAACAUACUAUUUGCAUUUCUCACAGAUGAGUGUUUGAAGGUAGUGGAUGAAGAGAUGGGGCUGCAACACUAGUGUGAUCUUCCAGACAGUCUCCACGUUGUAUGGGGUGGAGCUGAUCAAUGCAAUAUGUGAAUAUUAUUAGUUAGGUGUGUAAUGAUAGCGUGAUGUUAGCGUCCAUGCAGCGUGUCUUGUCAUAUUACUUUUGUCCCUUCAGAUGUCACUGAGGAUGUUACACUAAACAGCAAUGUGUUUCCCGUUUUAUAUCGUUUUAUCUUAUUCCACAUACAGACGUUUUCACUCUGCUAGAACACUCUGAUGGGCUUACUAACCUGUAGCAGUUGUAGUACACAGUGAAGUGGUGCAGUGAUUUAACUGUUGUGUACUCGAACUAUACAGGAAAUAAGUCUUAUAUCCUCACUUUUUUUUUCUUUCAUCAAAGCUCUGAGAUCAGAGGUUGCUGGUAUCGUCAGCAUGAUUUGUUACCAUGAUGAGACAGUGUUGAAAGUGCCUGUUAGAUGUGCAAACUUUUCCAUUUGGAUAAAAUUCUGCAGAAUUAAUUAGUUUUCCUCCGAAGUAAGAACGGCAUUUUGAUUGGAAAACAAGUGAAAGUGUCUACGUUCAGGGAUGAUAGAAGAUCAGAAUUAAUGCAAUCAGAAGCUCACAUUUACCUGAAGUCUCCCAAGAAUAUAGAAUAUCAAUCCCUAUUCCUACACUCAGCUCAAUCAUUCAAUCAGCUAAGCAACGCCGCUGCAAAAGUCACAUUCGACACCAAAAAAGACACAGUUGAUGAGCGUGGAAAAGAAUGAGAAGGGGGGGCAUAUGGGGGCUAAACACAAUCAGAUGGCAGACAUGCCCACUCAUGAAAAAUGGCAGCGCUUCGCAGCUUGCAUGAACUAUUGAUGAGGUGCACAUGGUGCACUGGGGUCUGGAGUUGUGUUCACCAAAGUCAACCGGCCGUGAGUGAUGAGCUCAACUGGCACUGUUGCACAUCUUAAAAUGAUUAAACUGCCACCACAUCAACCGCAAAACAAUUAAUCUUUAAGUGGAUUUUUCACACAUUCAUGGAAGUGUUCAACGUUCAGCAAUCGCAGAGGGGAGAGAAAGUCGCUCCCUCGUGUUUUUUUCGGGUUCAUCCUUCUGACUGCGCGUCGCCGAAAUUAAGAUGGACUGUUAUGUUUGUGGGUGCGUGUGUGAGAGAGUGUGCGGAAUAAAAGGAUUACCAUUUUAUACAGACAACACUUUGAUCAGCAGAGUUUAAGCUUUGUCAGAUGUGGUUAUCUCUGUGUGUGCCAAUAGGAUUCAAACUAUCCCAACAUUCCUUCCACCUUUCUUUGCCUAUUUCACAUCCUCCGCAGAUCAUCAAACAAACACUCCCACCCUGCCCGAAACCCCUUACCACUUACUAACUUCCUUUUCUUCAGUUGUCUGUUUCAAAUAAAUAUAUACAGUCUUUUCUUCUGUCUUCUAACAAGCUCACCCCACAUCUGUCUUUUGGUCACUUUUGAAAACCCCCUCUUCAUACCAGGAAGUGAUAUGUUUGAGAGAGUUCUGUACAUGUGUAGUGAACUAGGGGGGGGGGGGGGGGGGGGGGUGGAAUAAAGAGCUGAGAAAUGCAAUUGUUAAUUCCUCUUUGAGAAGCAUUAAGAUGUAUUUAAUGGUGCAGACAUACACAACAAAUUACUAAAAAAAAAAUGAUGAUGCAUUCUUGUAGAAAUAUUUUUAAAAGACCCUUUUGCAAUUAAAUUAUUUAAGA